GUGGUUUACCAGACAUUUAUAAUGGGAAUCCAGUAGCAUUCAAUGGGACCGAAUUAACAGUGACAUGCCAUACGGGAUUCUUCCCAAACCAGAUAAAAAUGAAGUGUCUGAAUAACAAUAGUUGGUCCGAGGAACAAAGAUGUACUCCACUUUAUGGUUUUCCACUCAAUAUUAGUGACAUUCAGUUAAAGAGUAAUUAUAGACCAUCUGAAGGACGUGUUGAAAUUUUGGUAAAUGGAACGUGGGGGACAAUUUGUAACACUAAUUUUGCUUCUGAAGAUGCGAGAGUUAUUUGCAAAAUGAUUGGAUUAGAAUAUAGCAGUUAUUCCACAAAGGCUAGCCUUAACAGCGGUAGAGGAAGCGGACCUAUCUACGUCAAUAAUUUGAACUGCGUGGGCACAGAAAGUCACAUAAACCUUUGCAGUUAUGAGAUUUCAAAUCACUGUACGCACUAUGACGAUGUGGCUGUAAGUUGUACAGGUACUGAUUUAAUUAAAAUCUGAAAAGUAGAU